AUGGCGGUAACAUCGUUGGCUACUUCAUCACGGCUUCGAUUCCGGCGUGAGUGUAAUGAUGGCAGUCAGUCGAUUGAAAUUAGCAUCUUUGUUCGUCCGGAAAAUUCAUCAUCAAUGAUAAAUGGAGAUUUUCUCUGGUUUCAAUUAUUUGUCGAAGUUCUAUUACGAAUGAUCGACGAUGAAAAAGCGAAACAGGAACUGAUCGAUAGAAGUCUCUUAGAGUAUCAGAACGAUACAGUAGAGCAACGGAAAAUUCACGAAUUCGCUUCAAACUAUAUUUCAUCUGAUGCUAUCAAAUGGUAUACACGGGACAGUUUCGUUUAUCGAAUGGUCAAUAAAGCCUUACGACAGCAAGAUUUAGGUACUCUCUAUGCUUUUCGAAGGCUAAUUAUAGAUAUUCAUCAACAAUUACAAAAUCUUCAUAAGCAAGCAACAUCAACACAACUGAUUCAGCAUUUCUAUCGUGGUCAGCUGCUGUCUCAUCAAGAAUUAGAUCAAUUUCAGCAAAAUAUCGGAAAUUUCGUUUCUAUGAAUAGUUUCUUGUCGACAAGUAUCGACCGGCAAAUGGCAGCUGCUUUUGUUGGAGAACAAGAUGACUUGUGUAAUGUUUUAUUUGAUUUGCGAGUUAACCCAAAAUUAAGUGGAACAAAGCCAUUUGCAGAUGUUACAUUGUUGAGUUAUUAUCGAGAUGAAGAAGAAGUUCUUUUUAUGCUUGGAGCAAUCUUUCGUAUAUGUGCGGUUACGUUUGACUCACAAGUGAACAUUUGGACCAUUGAACUCGAACUGUGUAACGAUGAUAAUAAUGAAUUGAAGCCGUCAUUUGAUAGUCUGAAAGAGAAUAUUGAUGAUGAGACUAAUUUGUAUGAAUUGGGAAGAAUUUUCUGGAAUAUGAAACAUUUAGAUGCAUCUGAGCGAUGUUUCAAGGAACUAUUACAACAGCAACAUUCGAAUGUUCAUAUUAUCCCAGGCUGUUACUUACACCUGGGUAAUAUUGCGACCGAUCGAGGACAAUACAAUGAAGCCGUUGCGUAUCACCGUCAUGCAUUAGAAUUGAAACAGCAAGUAUUGCCUAAUGAUCAUCCGCACUUGCCGUACUCUGAAAAUAGUCUCGGCGAGGCAUUACGGCAAAGCGGUAAAUUUGACGAAGCACUAAUACAUUAUCAGAAGGCUUUGAACCUUUGGCGACAGCAGUACAAUGGUGGUGAUCGCGAAAAUGUAGCCAUGUGUUUGCAUAAUAUUGGUACUAUUCAUGGAGAGCGAGACGAGCUAGCAGAAGCUCUCACUUGUUUUCUACAGGCUUUACAAAUUAUGGACCGAUGUCUACCGAAUAUUCAUCCGAAGAUAGCAAGAACUCUAAAAAACAUAGGAUCGGUAUUCGGCCUACUAGGACAAAUAGAGCCAGCUCUAAGAGCAUUCAAAAGGGCACUUGCAAUUCAACGACAAUGUCUACCAUCUAACCAUCAAGAUCUGGCAGAUACUCUGCGUGACAUUGGGAUUUACUAUGUGAAUACCGGUGAUCUAUCACAGGCACUUAACUACUAUGAGCAAGCACGAUUUAUUCUGGAGCAGACCUUGACGAUAAGCCAUCCUUCGUAUGUACAGAUUCAAAGCGAUAUUGCAGAAGUUCAACUUGCCCUAGCGACAUCUUCAAUUAGUGGCAAUUAG